AUGGACAAUUUGAAUUCACGAAAUGGCCUCCCACUUGGCACACUUGGAGAAGGGGACAUCGCCAAGGCGGCUGCAGAUUUUCUGGCGUCAUCCAGCGAACGACGGAAACGAGCGCGGGUUUCAGCAGCGAGUAACGCAGAACUGCCCAGGAAAAAACUCGAUACGUCAAAGCCUCCAUCUAUCAAUAUUGAUGUCGCCAACAAAGCGGCGGCAGACCUCAUUCGUGAAUCGCCCUCCUAUCGAAAUCUUGUCAGAAUGGAAGAGAAGCUUGACUUGGCUAUCAUGCGAAAACAGCAGGAUAUCAAAGAAUCUCUCAAGUCGCAAUCCUUCUUUGAAUCGCGCGUCUUUCGAUUAUAUUUGUUCAAUACCUACCGAUCACAGCCCGGAGCACCUGGAACCACUGAGGAUGACGUCGCUUCAUGGUCGUUGCGCAUUCAAGGCCGACUUUUGAAAAAGAGCGAAGAGCGACCGAGAAAGUCAAGCAGCUCGACGAAUCAAGACAGCGGAGGCGGUGCAAAUAAGGCGACACGCGGCGUUUCAAGCGCGGUCACAGAUCCAGUCGGCCCUGGAGUCCCUAUUUUGCAAAAUGCCCCAGCCGUAACCCCUUCGGGCGUGAAUCAGAGUGCGCACCUUGCGAAUCCCAACACACCUCUCAUGCCUAUCCAAGGACCCGUGCUGGGAGAAUCAAAUCAGAGCGUUAUCACAGGGCAGCCACCGAAGUGUUCCGAUAUUUUUAAGAGAAUCGUCAUAGAGCUCGAUAAGGAGUUUUAUCCUGAAAAUAACCUGAUCGAAUGGAAACGAAAUGACAAAGAACCUUCAUCCGAUGGCUUUGAAAUUUCUCGGUCGGGAGACAAGGAAUUCACUGCAAAGAUUUUCUUGUAUAUAGAUCAUAAGCCGGAGCAGUUCCGACUCUCUCACGCAUUGUCAAGGCUGAUUGGCGUGAAAACAGAUACGAAAAAGGGAAUCUUCGCUGGCGUAUGGCAAUACAUCAAGAAGAAUCGUUUGCAAUGUGUCGAUGACCGAAGUGCUGUGCGGCUGGAUCAGGGACUCAAGGGCCUCCUAGGACCCGCGAAUGCCAAUGUGGAGGUUUUGAAACUACAGCAACUAUUCACAGUGGUCAAGAGCCAUAUGGGUCCGCCUGAACCCCUGAUGAUUGAAUAUGAAGUGAAGCUUAACGGCGAUGUUGUGGACAACCAAGAUUGCUACGACAUUCAAGUCAGCGUUCAAGAUACCAGCCUCAUUGAGACUGCAAGAAGGGCAGGUGUGUUCGGACUGCAGCUUCCGCAAUCCACUGAAUUUGAAGCUCUGCGAGAGAAGCAUCUACUGGCUCUCGUAAAAAUUGCUGAACACAAGAAGAGACGAGACUUUUUCAAGGGCUUUUGCUCAAAUCCAGUCCAAUUCAUAAACCACUUAAUUCUGAGUCAAACGAGAGACUUGAAGGUUCUAGGCGGUAGUACUGGGCGGAAUCCAGAAGAAGAGCGAAAGGCUGCCUUUUACCAGCAGCAGUGGGUACAUGAAGCGGUACCAAGAUACCUUCUGCGAAAAGCCAUUGCGGACACAGCAGAUGACACUGGCGAAAGUGCCUUGAAAUAAAUUUUUUGGUUGAGCACCAA